AUGGUGCUGCAAAACAAGUACAAAGCCAAAGCCUCGAGGCGAUACAACAACCAACACGCCGCUACAGACGAUGCUGAAUCGGGUUCUUCCAAGCCUGGCUACCGUCAUCGAUUCGUCAAGAAACAUGGACACAGCUCAUCACAGAACGGCCGGAAUGGCGCUGUGAAUGGAGCAGUCAGCGGAUCAGAGGAGAGCGAAGACGAUGACGAUGGCGACGACAGUGCAUCAGGCUCUGCUAGCGGUAGUGAGCAAGAGGACGGUAACGCCGACUUUCCGAGUCUCUCGAAAGCUGCCGCGACCUCCGACAAGUCACAGACGCUCGAAACAGAUCAAGACCCAUCGAAUCCUUCUCGAGGCAAAUACGCACGACGCAAACUCGGCGAGAGCAAGCUCGCAAGGCUAGAGAGGCUCGAAGCAGCAAAGGAUCCUAGGUUGCCAGACGACGAGGAACCAGAGCCUGAAGUCGACAUUUCCAACCUCGUCGCUCGCGUGGCCGCGCUAGGUGAUUCUGCAGGUACCCAAGCGGGUGUUGCGGAGGAGCUCGCGCGCAGUCGCGGCCAGCACGAAACGGCUUCGGAUGUGGAGAACGAUAUCGAUCACAGCCUGGCAUACCUGCACGAAAAGGAACGACUGCGUCAGAAGGCCAAAGGCCGUGGCGGAGCUCAUGAAGGAGGCAACAAGGUGGCCUCGGAGGCGCUCAUUGUCGACGCCGAAGGCAAUGCCAUCGACCUCGAUGCGUUGCAGAAGGAAAAGGAGAAAGCCGACGCGCUUCGGGCGCUCAAAGUACGCUUCCAAGGUCACGGCGUCGGAGAGCGUGCUCGUCAGGACGGAAGAUCGCGUGCAGCUCCCUCUAUCCAGAUCGGGCGUCACGCAGCCUCGAACAAGCCUCAACCUCCCAACGACGCUCAGACCUCUUCCAACGGUACACUGUCCGACAGCAUCGCCGCGGAAAUCGAAUCUUCACUCGAGAAAACGCGCAACGGCUCUGCCAACGGCGAAACCGCAUCCACGCAUUCGGGCCGUUCGAGUUUCAGCACGACGUUCGGAAGGCGCAAAUCGCCGCUUUCAGGUCCGCCCAAGCCGGAGCAAUGGGAGAGAGCUUCCGCCGGCAGCGCCGGUCCUUCGCCUCCUUCCGCAAACCGCACCGAACGGAUCGAUAGCUUUCUCGCCAGCCUGAACGAUCGGGCUGUUGCGGGCAAGGAUCCGACGGUGUUUUCGCUCAGCUCUUGCGGAUCAAACGGCAGACACACUCAGUCGCAACAAACCGAUAGUCCCAAUCGCUCCGAUCGUACACUGGUCCCAAAUUCCUUCCAGCAUCAUCAUCAUCCACCGCAAACGCCGAUCCACUCGACACCAGGCGAACUGGGAAGGCUGGAAAGCUUCCUCGAUGACAUGCUCGGUUGA